AUGACUUGUUGUUAUGAUAACUCGCAUGAUACUGAUUAUACUUUUCAAGCUUCUGAUAAUAAUAUUCAAUCUCACUAUAAUGUCGAGGUUGUUAAUAAUCAAGAGAAUGGUAAAACCUAUAAACCUUUACCUUCUCACUGCACAGAACUUCCAACUCAUCCUAAACGCAUCUUUGAAGAUUUUGUUCCGUUACCCGAACUUGUACUUUUUAUUCAAAAAGUUACCACGAAAGCUCGAAUCGAUGUCCGAACAACUAUAAUAGCGUUGAUUCUGGUUUUAAGAUUUAAGAACAAGAUACAAAAAAAGUCCGAUAACAUUCGGCAAUAUCCGCGAUGA